ACAUCACUUCCCCCUGGGCCUUCUCCCACCUCCUGGUCUGGCUGGGUCCACACACUUGGGCCCUUCUCCCUGGCCUGCAGGACAACAUUUUGACUGACCUGGAGGUGGAGAGUGACAUCCAGGUGUCUUCAGAAGCCCUUGAAGAGGAGGCCAGGGUAGACAUGGUCGCCCCUGAGGCCUUUGCCCAGCCCAGCCGCAUGGGGAAGUCCAUGAUUGAAGACCCAGCCACGGAGGUGAUCAAGAAGAUCCUGCAAUGUCCUGACUCAAAAUUCUCAACCCAGCAGUGUGACAAUGUUCGGUCCCAGACAGGCUUGAAGCGACACCGGAACUGGGGAGAACAUUCUGCGAAGGCCUUGUCCAGUGCCAGUGCCACCUCAGCAGGGAGACUCUGUCCUCAGAACGCGCAGCCUGUGCUCACAGCUCUGAGACUCCAAGGGACCCAGUGAGGGCCUGGCUCUGAUGCUGGCUUUGGUCAGAUCUGCUGGCUGACUCGGCUCACACGGGCCUCCACUGUGAGAAGCUGUCUGAGUUCAGUGGUUUUCCAUGGUGACAGCUGGUGGAGCCGAGCCCUGCUACCUCCCCAUACACAUCGUCCUGGUAAGAAACAGGCACAUUGGAGAUGCUUUUCCUUGGGUGACAUCACGGAGC